AGAGAAGAAGGGAAGGAACUUGGCUGUUCUUCUCUCCCUCGAUUCUCUCUGCUAGUAGUAAAGCCCAGGCCGGGUCAGCCGAGAGACUGCGAACAUGCACGGACGUGCGUGCCUCGCGUGCAAAACUCGCAUAGAGAUCGCGUAGCGAGCUACCGUUUUAGUUUCAAGAGGAUUCGAGAUUAUUUGCUGGAAGCUACCUCUCCUUUUCCUCUUCUCUUUCUCUCUUUGUGAUCGAGUUCCAAUCUAAAGAGAGAGGGAGAGAGAAAGAGAGAGAUGUGUUAGAAGAGAAAGACCGAAAGGAGUCCAGUUUUUUGGCUGAAUAAGAGAAAGGAAGAAAGAGAAAGAGAAAGAACAUCGAGAGACCCUGACACGAGGGUAAAAAAAGUGGCGCGAGCACGGAAACUCGGCCGAGAACGGUGGAGCUUCGAGCAACACAACGAGGCUACUAAGCGACGUCGUCGGGAUGAAAUCGCGAAGCGAUGCUACUCUAUCGAUUCUUCAACAAGAUCGUCGAAGAUGUGAACCGUUUGCCGAGGACUGUAUCGCAUGAAGGGCUCCAAGGUUUGAGUCAAGUGGAACGACGGACGUAGAAGAUCGAAAAACGGGAGAAAAAAAGAGAGAGGAAAAGAGAGAGUGAACGAGCAAAAGAGAAAGAGAGAGAGAGAGAGAGAGAGAGAGAGAGAGAGAGAGAGAGGAGAAGAGAAGAGAAGAGAGAGAGAGAAAGAGUGAGAGAGAGAGGGUUUCGUGAAGAAAGAAGGCCGUAAAGAAGGGUAAAAGGAGUUAGAAGGGCGGGUGGGGGGAUGCAGCUCGAAAGGGUGGCGGCAUGGAGGAGCCCUCGCUGGAGGCUCUCAUGCAGGCAGGCCUCAUCUUCGUGGUCUGUGUCGCCAUCAUCCUCUCGAAUCUCCUCAUCAUCGCCACAUACCUCAAUUUCCGUGGUCCCUCCGAGGUGAUAAAUUACUACUUGCUGUCGCUGGCUUCGGCGGACCUUCUUUGCGGUCUGCUAGUGGUUCCGCUCUCCGUAUAUCCGGCUUUGGUGCGAAGAUGGGUCUACGGAGACAUCGUGUGUCGUCUGGUCGGAUAUCUCGAAGUUACCCUCUGGGCGGUAUCCGUCUAUACCUUCAUGUGGAUUUCCGUCGAUCGUUACCUAGCCAUCAGGAAACCACUCCGAUACGAGACCGUUCAGACGAAAACUCGAUGUCAAUGCUGGAUGGUCUUUACGUGGAUCAGCGUUGCCAUGAUGUGCUGUCCGCCUCUUCUUGGCUUUAACAAGCCGAUCUUUGAUCGCGAGGCUUUCAUCUGCAUGCUCGAUUGGGGCAACAUGGCCGCUUACACUAUCACCUUGUCGAUCCUCGUACUAGGACCAUCGGUAAUCACCAUCGUCUAUACCUAUUUCUACAUCUUCUCGAUGAUGAGACGACUGAAAUCGGGCGUACUGAUUCACGACAAAGAAUAUGCUACUGCGCUUUCUGAAAAUUUGAGUAACCCGAGCCACAUCAUGUCCUUCGUCCUGGUGAUGGCUUUCUGGAUAUCCUGGGCACCCUAUGCAGGAGUCAGGAUAUAUGCUGUCAUUAACGGACCUCCUCAGGUACCGUUUCUACACUUUGCCGUGGUAUGGCUAGGGGUGACAAACGGUUUUUGGAAGGCGAUCGUCCUCGGAACUCUCAGUCCUCAGUUUCGGCUCGCUGCGCGUGUUCUUUGCUUGACGGUGUGCUGUCGACACAGAAUGCUUCCGCCGGAGCUUCUCGGCCUCGACGACGACGACUAAAAAUUGAACGAAACGCCUACGCGAGAACGACGAUUGCUUUCCUACCUUUACGCGCGACGCAUUCCUAAAGCAUCCAGCUUUUCCUAUUUUCAAGCUUCCUCUUUUACUUUCUCUCUGUCUCUCUCUUCUUUUCUCUGUCCUUCUCUUUCUUCCUUUCUCUCUUUCUCUAUCCCUGUCUCUCAUCUUUCUCUCAUCUUUUUUCCCUCAUUCCCGUUCCCGUUUUUCCUAGCGUGCGCUCUUUAAACUAGUCAAGGUCGUUGUCAUACCCGGAACGACGACCGUCGAUGCAUUUUCUCUUCUUUUACUCCUCAAAGCGUGAAAAAAAGCCACACAUCAGGCUCAGAUUUGUUCAAUCACGGUCUACGUUGUGCACAGAAGCAACGUGGAACUGCAUCCUCGCAAGCCGUUAGCAGAGAGAGCAAGCGAAGCAAGACCGACCUAAUGCGCGUGCAAAAUAUCGAACUACGUCGGCUUCGACAAAAGGAAAAGAGAGGAAAAAAAGCGAAAGGGGAAGGAGAAAAAAUAAUACUCGAUCCGUUCAGUCGCCGUUCGCGCGGUUGAGCGUGAAGCACGCAGAUACACAGCGAAUUACGUACGUUUCGUUGAACGUAUAACGUAUUAUCCGUGAAACCGUUUCCAGAGCAGCCUUUAUCGAUACGUCCGCUCGGUUCUCAUUUAAACAUGAAUUAUCACGAAUUUUCAGCACGGCAAUAUACGACGAAUCUUGCAAUUAACGAUGAUCAAGAUGUGAUUUGUCGCAUUUAAUAUCCUUUCGGCACUCAAUUUUGCAAAGUUCAUUUUAAAACGUUUUUAAAUUUCCUUUUUUCUGAGAUAUAAAAAGUUAAAACUAUACUUUUCAAUAAGAAAAGAAAGUCUAAUAUAAAAAAAAUAUAACAAUGAAUUAUCCUAUAUAUUUUAUCUAUGAGA